UCUGUCUGUCUGUCGGUGUCUGAAGACAUGAUGGAGGGUAAGGCCACCUUCCAGCGGACAGCCAGGUUCCUCGAUAAGUGCCGCACCCGCGCUGUGGGCAUUCACAACCUCAUGGAGAUGCUCAGUCGUGCCGCCCCUCGGUAAGGAUCUCUGAGUGCUUGGCUGCACCAUGGACGGACGGACGGAUGUGGUUGUUUGCAAUGCAUCAGGGCACGCCGUGGCGCUGGUGCUCGGCUCGGCCAAGAGGAGGCUGCUGCUGCUGUGGCUGCGGCGCCCGCUGCUGCUGACUACAGCAAGUGCGACACGGAUGCAUGCCGUCAAGGUGGUGUGCGGUGCGGCCACCCACCUGUCAGCGAGAAGCUGCAGGCCAACAACGUGCGCCACGUCGCCGCCAACCACCCCGCCAUUCUGGGAGAGAAGAAUCGGCUGCCGUUUGUGGGGCUUUGUGUGGACGGACGAUGACGGACCAACGCCCUGCUGUCAUUUUCUGAGGUGCAUUUGCGCAUCGUCGAGAUGCCCCGCCACGCCCAAGACGGCCCCUCUGCCACCCCGCACCUCGGCACGCAGCAUAAGAGCAUUCGACUGCCCCUUGGGUCCGUCACGCGCAUCGACGCCGUGGAGAUGGUGACGGGAAGCCUGAUUCCGGAGGCCUGCGGCAAGCCAUACUGCAGGGUGCCGGAGAUGCAGCUGCUGAGCACCUGAAGAAGGGCCUGGAUGAGGCCCAAUACAUGUACAAGCCACCCGCCGGCAGCACAUACCGCCAGUGCGUGGCAGAUUACGUCGCCGUGGCGACGUGGCGCGACGUGGUCCUGAAGGACCUGGGCUUCACGGGCGUCACCGCAGCCUUGUCCUUCAUUACCGGCCGGCUCUCCACAAGACGCCCCACUGCGGCGGCCCCAGUGGGAUAUGGCAAACUUUUCGUCGACCCAUCGCUCACAGGUCCGUGGAGGAAGAAAGGCCACACACUUGUGGUUCAUGCAUUCACUUAUACAGUGUGUGUGGGUACGCUUUGUGUGUUGUUUGGUUGCAGGAAUGGAGGCGGUGGUGCAGCACUCAGGGAUGGUGCACGUGUCGGCGUCCCUCGCCAGGCAGCCAGGCAGCUGGAGGGGCGCAAGAGCUGAUUCGAGAGGGCCCUCACACUGCUGGACUACACCAAAAGUGACACGCUGUCGCUGUCAUGGUGGCCAUGACGACUCCCACUACCCACCACUCACACCCAGCCCCUGAUAUCGACCGCCUCAUCACCGAGGGCCUCCCAAUGGUCGAGGCCGCCAAGACCAUGGCCUUUCAACUUAUGACGCCCAUCCCGGCUGACCGAGAGAGGGCAGCUGGUGCGCCUCAUGCAGGAGAGGACCAUCAUGCCCGCACCGGCGAGGAGGAAGUGGCUCAGCUGGGUGACGAAGGGCGGCCCUGCUGGUGUCCCGGGCACCGUACCAAUACACCUUACCACCGGCCCCCGUGGACCCACCCAAGGCAGCUACGCCAGCACUGUGCAGCGCGACUGGAGGUGCUGUCUCCAGGGGAUCCUCUUCUUAUUUGUCCACAUGUCUCUCGUGUCUUGUGCAGGUGGAUCGCUGUGUACAUUUUAUAUCAAGACGGCCCCUUCUUGACAUUCUAUACGCCCCACAGCAGUCAUGCACCUGUCUCUGCAUGAGGGACUCGUGCCCGAGCAGACCGUCAUUCUGCCCCUGGGCGGGUCCGCGACAUUCCAUGAUUUGCGCAGACCAUGGGCGUGACGUCGUGGGCGACACGCUGGUUGCGGGCCAUUGGACGUGGGGAGAUGACAACCCCGAAAACGAGCUCGUCUCACUGCACCUCCUUCGCUUCCCUGACGCCCCUGUCGGCCGCCGCCACUCACAUCCAUGCCGUCAGCCGCAGCCCCCCACACACCCGGAUGAUGACGGCACUCUCUGUCACACGCAUAGACCCCAUCGGCACGGCAGAAUUUUCGGCGAGUGCGACGCGUACAGCCCCGAGCAGGCCUUCCUCCACGCCUUCGCGGAGGCCUUGUCAUCCCUGCAGCGGGUCCGCGACACUCAUGCUCUGCGGUGGGCGAUCGGCGUGAGGUCGUGGGAGACGGUGCUGACGUGUCUGUCGUUCCUGAGCCGCAGGGACCUCCACGGCCGACGGAUGCCGGUGUGGAAGGUGGCACAUCUGCAUAGCCACGAGUCGACAGGUAAAGGCACAUGCACUGAGUGAGGAAUCCUUCCACACCAAACGAUCCUCUGUGUGCAGAGGCGCCAUGGUGUCUCUAUGCACGUCUCUCGUUUGUCCCUCGAUUGCGUGCAGAGUUCAUUGCUGCCUGCAUUUUAUAUUCUUGAUGUCACUGGACCGGCAUGACUCAGCUACCAAUCAUACACUCAGGCAUCUGCGGUGUUGGCUAGACCGCAUGGACCACACUCACAGACCACACAAACAUAACAUCGCACUUACCACACAUAUCGCAACAUAUCACAUAUCUGUCACCACUCUGACAGAGCGUCACUCAACGAGCUGAAGGUACACAUACGCACAGAGAGAGAGAGAGAGAGAGAUUAUGUAAAGAGAGGCAUUCAGAGGUGUAUGUGUCUUGUGGUUCAGGACACACUGUGUCGUUGGCGUGACGACCCGACAAGAACAAUCUCU